CACGGUCCAACCUCCCGGAUUCAUCUGGAGCUCCCCUGCGACAAGCUCUUGCAGCUGAAUAGGCGACCUAACAAUAGCUGGGCCUGCAGGAGAAAUUUACCAUCUACUCUAUAUCUGCAGCCACACUCUUCUUUGGAAACAAUGCCCCUGAAUAUCGCCCAGCGCGGAGCUGUGCUCCGUCACCUUCAGCUCGGGAAUGUCUUCUCUCGUCCUACUCGUGUGGCCGCCAUCCAUAGUCACGCCAGGCGCGUGUCCCUAGCUGCCGGCAGGCGCUUUGCGAACCCGAUUACGAGAACUGAAUAUCAGUUUGGAGCUGUAUCUCAAGGCUUGAUCAAGUCUUAUGCAACUGUUGGCCGUCCCAAGGGGAGCACCGGAAAGGCCAAGCCCAAGGCAACCGAAGCUGCCGGGGAUGAAAAGAAGUCGGGAAAGACGGCAAAAUCUAAGACGAGUGGGGCUAAGAAGGACUCUACGAAGGAGGAGCCGAAGAAGAAGAGGAAGGUAUUGACCGACAAGCAAAAAGAAGCCAAGAAGGUCAAAGAGCAGAGAGAGCUACUGAAGACACUGAAGGAGACCGCGCUACAACCGCCCAAGAAAGCUUCGGAGCAUAAAUGGACACUGGCAGUUCAAGACAAGCUGGUGGGUGUUGACAGAUCUAAAUUCAAGGGUACAGAGGUAUUCCAGGAAGGCGUGCGAGGUGCCCGGAAUGUGACCCCAGAAGAAGAUGAGAAAUUUACCCAGCAAGCGGAGUUGAACAAAGCUGCCAACGCCGCUGCCUACAAAGAAUGGAUCAAAUCCCAUACGCCCCUUCAAAUCAAGGAGGCCAACCACGCCAGAGAGAGACUUGAGAAGAUCACGGGCAAAUAUAUGCGUCCUUUGAAAGAUGACAGAUUAGUCAAGCGACCUCUUACAGCAUACAUCGCGUUCUACACGGACCGUGUAUCAGGUGGUGACUUUAAACACUUGAAGCCCGAGGAUAUUACCAGCCAUAUCGCACGAGAAUGGCGGGCUAUGACCGAUACGGAAAAAGAGAAAUACGUUAAAAUCUCUGAAGCCGACCGGAAACGUUAUGCUCAAGAGCAUCUGGAGGUUUAUGGCACAGAAGCUCCGUUUACCCAAAACGCGGAGUCUGAGAGUUCUUAGGAAGACAUGUUUGAAUAGUUCCUUUUUCUCAUUUCCUUUCUUAGGGGUUUGUUUUUAUAGGGAGAAUUAUGGUGUUCACUUUGAGUCCUAUGUCGACCAGCUGGGUUUCUUUUAUUAGGUUUUUUCUCGAUGGUUGAGUUUUGCACUUGAUAUUUCUCUCUGACUGGAGUCCUUGUAUUUUAUGGAUUAUGGAUUUUCUAUGUCUCUCGUCAAUGUAGUUUAUGGU